AUGUCCAAGGCCGUGGACGCACUUGAGGCGGAAUACGAGGCUGCGUCUCUGGAGCCCCCUUCUUUAGAUCAGCCUUUCGAUCCUACGAACGCUGCUGAGGCGCUUACCGUUUCGCCUAAGGUCGUCGAGAGCUCACUGCUCAUCGUCGCCGCCGCACAUCAGCUGGCCGCCUCCGUGAGGCUUCCUGGCAUUGCAGUUAUGGAUCUGGCGAUGAUCUGUCACGUUCCCGCAGCUCUUCAAAGCAUUCUCCUAGGCAACGUUCCGGAGAUAAUCCGUGAGGCCGGUCCGCAGGGCAUCCAUGCGAAAGACAUCGGGAAACGCAACGGAAUGGAUGGCGACAAGAUUUCGAGAUGUCUUCGCCUACUUGCGACGCACCACGUGUUUCGGGAAGUCCACCCCGACGUAUGGGCCCACAACCGCCUGUCGUCCAUUCUGGAUACAUUGAAGCCCACAUCUAUGAAGACGCCGGAGAAACAUAUCGGCACGACUGGCUUCCCGGCAUUGAUCGAGCACACCACGGACGAGGUGUUCCGUAGCUCCUGCCUCACAGCGGAGACCUUGACCGAUCCGAAGACUGCUCAUUCCCAGGAGCCGACAGACAGCCCGUUCAAUCGUUAUUUCAACACCAAGACACCCGUUUUCGAAUGGCUCCAGGCUCCCGAAAAUCGGCUCCGGGGCAUCCGGUUCAACAUCGCGAUGGACGGAGUGAACAAACUAGACGACGGAGAAUCUAUCCUUCGAGGCUUCCCUUGGGAAACCCUGCCGUCCGACGCUAAGGUGGUAGAUGUUGGUGGUGGUAUUGGGUCUGUCUCCAUGACGGUGGCGAAGAAGUUUCCUAGCUUCCGUUUGGUGGUUCAGGACUUGCCCAACGUCGUCGAAAAGUCUGGGAAGGAGUUCUGGGCCAGCAAUUACCCAGAAGCGCUCCAAUCAGGGAGGGUCACGCUACAAGGGCAUAGUUUCUUCGACCCGCAACCCGUCAAGGACGCCGAUCUGUUCAUGCUUCGUGUAGUGAUCCACGACUGGCCGGGGGCAUACGCAGUCCGCAUUUUGAAACGUCUGCGGGAAGCUGCUGCUGCCGGGAAAACCAGGCUACUUCUGGUCGACCAGGUCGUCGCAUACGCGUGCGAGGAUGACAGCGAGCUGCGCAACAUCCCGGGAGCGGUAUCUCCUCCUGUGCCAGAACCUCUGCUACCCAACCUCGGGAAGGCGAACUCGCCGGCAUACCUUGGCGACUUCCAGGCACGUUGCAUGUUUGCCAUUGGAGGACAAGAGCGGACCCUGGCCAACCACUAUGCUUGCGCGAAGGAGGCCGGAUGGAAGAUCGUCCAUGUUUAUACCUCUCCGGGUUCCAUCUUCAAACACAUCCUAGCAGAGGCGAUCUGA